GUAGGUCAAACGUGCUUAUAAAUAUUUUUCAUUUCAAAGCGUUUCGUAACAUGUAACGUGUUGUGUGUCCAAGUUUGACAAAAUUUUGGAAAGAAAUGUCGGAUUUUAUAAAACAAUAUAAGAAACCACCAUCUACUUUUGGUAAAACAACAAUAAUUAAAAGCAAGCUUGUUCAAAAACAACAAGAAGAGCGCGUUAAUAGCAGAACAGAAAUUUUAGAAAAAAAUCGAAAGAAAAAGUACUUAUUAACAUCGCAAAACAAUAAUAACUUACAAAAAUUAAUGGAGUGGAAAGCGGAACGCGCAAGAAAGAAGAAGGCAGAAGAGUUGACAGAAAAACCUCCUUUUAAAGUUGGAAUUGUUCAUCAUAAAUAUUUUUCUCCACCUAAUUUUUUGACUAAUGAUUUAGUUGCUUCGAAAAAGAAAAAAGUUGCUCGAACAGAUAAUAAAACUACUUUUAAAAGGAGAAUUACAAAAGCUACGGAGAAGCGACUGAAAGCUAAAGCUGCAAAACAAGAAGCUCGGAAACAAGAAGCUUGGACACAAGAAACUCGGAAACAAGAAGCGCCUACAACUUCGAGCCACAAUACAAUCAACGGGACACUUUAUACAAGUGGCGAAAAAUCGAAUAAUAACAAAAUUGAAUCUAUCGAACGGGAAUUAUUUGACCCACCUGAUCACAAGUUUAAUUCAUCUGCUGAUCUGUCUACCAUAUUAUUUGGAAAUGUAUUUAUAGAAAAUACGUCAAUCGAAGAUAUUCUUUCACAUGAUAAAUCAGUAGAGAAAGUCUUUUCAACUAUCCUGUCAUCAGACGAAGAUGAGCCUUUAAAUUUUUCGCAAAACGAGCAAGUGGAAAAAAAAGAACAUUCUACCAAAUAUUUUAAACGUCUGUUAUGUAAAGAAAAAGAUAGGCUCCAGAAACUUUGUGAUAAGUGGACGGCAAUACAAUCACAAGAUAAUAUUACGGAAGAUAUUCAAUAUCAAAUUAAUCAAGCAGUAGGUCAAACGACUAUGUUAAUUAAAGAGAAAUUUGAACAAUUUCGUCAUUUAAUAUUAAUUUGUGAAAAAAGUGAAGAAAAAAAAGAUGACAUUGCAGGAAUAAAGAUAACUUGUACAGAUUUGCAUGGAUUUUGGGACAUGAUGUAUAUCCAAGUGAAAGAUUGUGAUUCGCGUUUUGCAAAACUGGAGAAACUUCGUGCUGGAAAUUGGCAAGAACAAUUAUUACACAUGGAAUUUCUUUCAGCCAGAAAAAAGACAACGAAGACGCCGAAACAGAGCUCGUCGCGAACAUCAAUUUUAGGCAAUCAGAAGAAAAAGAAGUUGGCGAAAAUUGGAGAUGCUAAGAAGCAUUCACUGCCGAUUAAAACAAAUGACAUAUUUACUACGCCUUCCAUGAGAAACAAGAAAACUGCUUUUCACAAAAAUUUGGAUAUAUUAUGUAGAAGAAAAUUGCUGUAUCACACCAUUCCUAACUGUACAUCAACACCAUUUUCUGAAAGUAUUAUGUCAAGCACUUCGAAUCGUAUUAGUACUUCGUUUAUAACAAUAAAAGUAAGCAAAUUCUACCAAACCAAAUUCAGAUCAAGUGACACGUCUACACCACAGUUAAAUAAUGAAAAGCAUAUGUAAAAUUAAGAUCCAAGUCGGCAUCAGUAAUGUUAUUUAUAUAUAAAAAAAUACUAUUUAUAUAUAAAAAUGUGUAUGUUAAAAUAUUCCUAAGAAUUAGAAGAACAGCUACUGACGGAGAUAUUAGAAUUCGAUGAUUUCUCAAGAUCAAUAUAUUUAUUUUGUUAAAUUAAUCCGACAAAUUACAAUAAUUUGACAAAUUAAUUUGACAAAACUAUCGAACAACGAAUUAAAAGAUAUACAAAAAUCGCGAGCUUUAUUAAUAGACAAUUCUGAAUUUGAUGAAAUAAUGUUAAAUAAAUAUAUUGAUCUUGAGAAGUCAAAUUCUAAUACCUCUGUGAGCAGCUCUUUUUGUGAAACAAUAAUAGAAAUAACAUUAAAAGCAAACUAAAAUAUAAAUUCUUAGGAAUAUUUUAA